AUGGCCAUAGCUUUAAGGCACAGUUACACCAGGAAAAAGGGAGUCCUGAGGACAAUUUACAAACUUAAGCUUACUAUGUCGAUACGCUAUUUGCAAUUUGACCAGGUUUUACGAGUCACUGCCAGCAAUGAGACACAGCUUGAUCUGGUGCGGUCCCUCCAAGAACUGCAGCAUCUAAAUAUUGAUUUCUGGUUAGAACCAAGCAGGCCCUUGAUGCCCAUUGACAUCCAAGUCCCAAGAGAACAUGCACAAUCUGUGAAAGCCUUCUUUGAGUUCAACGGUAUCGGUUACUCAAUCUUGAUUGAAGAUCUACAGCUUCUAUUGGAUGAAGAGAAGAAGGAAAUGAUACUUUCUCGACAUAAGGAACGUAACAGCCAAACAUUCAACUAUGCUUCUUACCACACAUUGGAGGAGAUUUACAUAUGGAUGGAUACGUUUGUAGCUUCCAACUCAGGCUUGGUCAGCAAACUGCAGAUUGGUACCACUUUUGAGAACCGCCCAAUCUAUGUGCUAAGGUUUAGCACUGGUGGGAUUAACCGACCUGCUAUUUGGAUUAAUUUUGGUAUCCAUGCCCGUGAAUGGAUUAGUCCUGCUACCUCCCUCUGGCUUGCAAAUAAGCUUGCCAGUGAAUUUGGCAAAGAUACUUCUGUGACUUCAUUGCUGAACACAAUGGACCUCUACCUAGAGCUUGUAACAAAUCCUGAUGGAUUCAAAUUUACCCACACAAAUAACCGCAUGUGGCGGAAGACCAGGUCUAAACAUGCUGGCAUGUUAUGUACAGGAGUUGACCCAAAUAGGAACUUCGAAGCUAAUUUUGGAGGACCUGGUGCCAGUAACUAUUCUUGUUCAUCAACAUACUAUGGACCUUAUGCCAAUUCUGAGAAGGAAGUCAAAGCCAUAGUUGACUUUGUCAAAAGUCACGGAAAUUUCAAAGUCUUCAUUGAUGUUCACAGCUAUUCUCAGCUCUUAAUGUUUCCUUAUGGUUACACCGCAACUAAGCCAAAAGACUAUGGAGAACUGCUUGAUCUCAGCAAAAUAUCUGUCACUUCUUUAGCAUCACUGUAUGGAACCAGCUACAGAUAUGGACCCAUCUUCACCACAAUCUAUCAAAGCAGCGGUUCAUCCAUUGACUGGGCUUAUGAUCAAGGCAUCAAGUAUUCUUUCUGCUUUGAACUGCGUGAUACUGGUCGCUAUGGCUUCAUUCUACCAGCUGAUCAGAUUAUUCCAACAGCUGAGGAAACCUAUCUGGGUUUGAUGGAAAUUUUAAAUCAUGCCAGAAAGAACCCCUAUUAA